AUGUGCAUCCAGGUACAUGACUAUGAACAACUUACUGAUGACAUAAACACAUGUUUCCUAAUUCCCAUAUUCAGAGAUACAUUUUUUUAAACAGCUGUAACUUAUGAACUUUGAUGAAUUUAUUUCACUCGACAGUCAUUUAUACAUGUAGUUUGUAUGUUAGUAAUGAAAUCACGAUUUUAAACAUUCUUAUUUUGCACAGCUUUCUUUUUCAACAAAGACCAAGAUGGGUCGUCCUUUAAGGCAGCUCUUUUGUCCGGUUCCCCAGGAGUUGGAAAAACAACAACAGCAACACUGGUUUGUGAAGAGCUUGGUUUCACGUACACUGAAAUGAAUGCCAGUGACACACGGAGCAAAAAGACCUUGGAAGAACACAUUUCUCAGUCACUGAGCAAUAGAACCAUGGAUGGCCUUCUCACAGGUUGUCAAAUUUCUGUAACAUUUGGAAUGACUUUGAUA